AAUUUCCCCCCCCUUUUUUUUUUUCUUUCUUUCACAAAUUAUUCACAAAAAACUUUGUCACUUUCUUUUCAUCUCUCUUCUCGUUGAACACCACUGGCAGCCAUGAAGACCGCCGAGGCAACCGCCGCCACGACGACCGUUCUCAGCCCCGGUUUCAAACGUUCCCCCAAAUCCAACGGCAAGGUCAACGGUACAGCUGCUAAGAAAACCGGCGUGAAUCAUGGCAAUGGUGGUUACAUCUCUAACGGGAAAGUAUCGUUCAUGAAGUGGACACUCGACGACGUCGUUUAUGUCGCUAAAUACCACCGCUUACCCUGUUUUUUCGCGGCGUGGUUCUUGUUUUUCAUAUACGUGGAGUACACGCUCCGAAUGGUGCCGGAUUCAUCCCCGCCGUAUGAUCUGGGGUUCGUCGUCACACGAUCUUUCCACCGCGCCUUGGCUUCGUGGCCGGAACUUAAUUCCCUUUUAGCUGCUCUGAACACGGUAUUUGUUGCGAUGCAAUCAGUCUAUAUAAUAGGGACAUGGGUAGUUGAAGGUCGACCUAGGGCGACAAUUUCUGCUCUGUUCAUGUUUACGUGUCGUGGGAUUCUUGGUUACACAACGCAGCUGCCAUUACCUCAGGAAUUUGUGGGGUCAGGAAUGGAUUUUCCGGUGGGGAACGUAUCGUUUUUCCUCUUCUACUCCGGCCAUGUUGCCGGAUCGGUGAUCGCUUCGUUAGACAUGAGGCGAAUGCAGAGAUGGGAAUUGGCAUGGUUGUUUGACAUACUCAAUGUACUUCAAGCCGUUAGAUUGCUCGGUACGAGGGGUCAUUACACGAUCGAUCUGGCGGUCGGCGUCGGUGCCGGGAUUUUAUUCGAUUCGCUCGCGGGCAAGUAUAUAGAGAGCAGGAGAAAACCUGCAGUUGCUUGAGGUACCAUGAAGUUAGGCUAAAAAGCUAGAAAUGGCAAAAUGGGGCAGUGUAAUGUAAUCAAUAGUCAGUAGUAGUAGCCAAAUGAACUUUGUUUUUAAAUGUUCAGUUUCAGCCAAGUUUUUCAGAACUGGAUCAAUAAUUGAAUCGGCUAAGUCUUUAGUUUAUCGGUUUAA